AUUCUAUUUUUUGUUCAAUCAAAAAUCACAAUCGAAUAAGAACAAAAAUUUGAUCUUUUAGCAUCAAAUACAGUAACAAAGCAAAACCUAAUCCUAAUCGAAUUCACAUUCUUCAUUUCUCAGUUUCAGGUUUAACUAUGGCGGAGGAGAAUGCUGCCAAUGGAGAUGUUUUUGAUGAUGCUGUGGAGAUCGAAGGAGAGGAAGAUUCGGAUGCUGCAUUGAAAACUGCUCCACUGACACACAAGAUAGCGGCUUUAGAGCAAGAGAAUAAUCAACUUUUUCGUGAGAAUCAAGUCAUCAAAGAGAAGAUGGAGAAAUCUAAGCACUCGAUUGAGGAAAUCCAGAACGAAAAAGUGGAGUUACAGAAGAAGGUGGAGAAGAUUGAGUCGGAGAAUAAGGCUCUAGGAUCAGUAGCUGGCCGAGCAGCAGAGCUCGAGGGUGAACAGUCUCGGCUUCAGCAUGAGCUCAUAACUUCAGUGAACGAUCUGGAAGAAUCGAAUUCUGAGCUAUCAAAACUGAAGUUGAAUCUAGAGGGGUUAAAGAGUUGUGACAAUGAGAAGAGUGUGAAACUGGAAGCCAUUGAGACUGAAAGGAAUUUGUUAUUGGUAAAAGUUAAGAAGUUGGAAGCGAGUGAAAAAGAUCAUCGAACUGAAGGAGAAGUGAAGGAGAAAGAAAUUAGGGGCUUGAAGAAUCAACUCGAGGAUUUAAAGGCAACUGUGAAGAAGAACGAGGCGUGGAAAAGGGAGAAGGAGGCGCUUCAUACGGUGAAAGAUGAGUUAGAGAAGAGGGUUAUAGAAAUGAUGAGUAAAGUGACUGAGUUGGAGAAGAAGUUGGAGGAGAAGGAAACAUUGAUUACUGAAGGAGGCAUCGACAACAAUAUUGAUGGCAUUUCAGCUGAGGAUAAGGUUAAAGCUCCCGGUGGCAAUGUAGACUUACUAAUGGCGGCUGCAUCUUCAGUUGCUGCAGUUGCUGUGAUAGGUUUUGUCUUAGGGGACCUCUCUUCAUGAAUUGAAAUGAAAUGACAUGAAAGUGGGGAUUGAUCUAUAGCGACUCCAACUUGUUUGAGACUAAGGCGUAGCUGUUGUUGUUGGUGGUGGUAUAUGCUCUAUAACUUCUCUCUUGAAUGCUUUUCUAGUGAACAUUGUUAUUUACUAUCGCCCAAAAAGACUACGAUUGGCAUUUGGCGCAGAUCUACCAUUGAAGUUAAGGGUUCCACAAAAUUCACUAACUUUUGCUUGGAUCCUUUAUUUAUAAAUCUGCUUAAUAUGUGUAUGUAACCUAUCCUGAACACAAUUGUUGUCCUAUCCUCUAGAAUGCAUAAAUUUAAAAUUCUAAAUCUACAUGUAAUAGUCACUUGUUAGCAGUUGUAAUUGAAAAAUAGCUAGUGUCAUCGAGUUUAUUUGUAACUCCAUGAUUACAAUAA